AUGACCCAAUCAGAACAACUUUUAUCGCAGCUUGAAGCCAACAGAGUCGCCGAACUCGACGAGCUAUUGACGGUGCUUAAGCCCAAGGUUCUCGCCCACAUCGCCAAGGCCGACCCCAACUCGCCGUCGUAUCAAAAGGGGUCUCUCGGCACCUACCAUGAACCAGCGGUGCUUAAGGAGAAGUUCUUUGGCCCUCAAAGCGCCGCCGCCAAACUCGAUAAGCAGCCCCAGGGCAACAGCGACGAGUUGAUCAAGACGAUCGACGACAUCCUCGAGUACUCCGUCAACACGUGGAACCCGGGGUUCUUGGACAAGUUGUACGCGCUGAACAACCCCAUCGGCGUCGUCGGCGACUUGUUGUUGAGUGUGCUCAACACCAACUCCCACGUCUAUACCGUGAGUCCGGUACUCUCGGUGAUCGAAAACGAGAUCGGGAAAAAGUACGCCAAGUUGUAUUUUAACACCGACACCGCGGGCGGGCUCACCUUCCCUGGUGGCUCGUGGUCCAACAUCACCUCGAUGCACAUGGCCCGGGCGUUGAGAUACCCCGACACCAAGGCCAAGGGCAACGGCAACCACAAGUUCGCCGUAUUCACGUCGAAGCACUGCCACUACUCGGUGGAGAAGGCGGCGAUCUUGCUUGGCUUGGGCUCGGAGUCGGUGUUUAAAGUCGCCAUCAACGAGGAUGGCACGUUAAACGUCGACGAGUUGAAGAAGACGAUCGCUCAAGCUAAAGAGGACGGCUUCACUCCGUUCUACAUCAACGCCACUGCGGGUACUACGGUGUUUGGCUCCUACGAUGACUUCACCGCCAUCUCCGCCGUGGCUAAAGCUAACGACUGCCACUUCCACAUCGACGGUUCGUGGGGGGGUAACAUCGUCUUCAGCCCCACCCAGAGAAAGAAGUUGGCCGGAGCAGAGCUCGCCGACUCGUUCACCGUCAACCCGCACAAGAUGUUGGGGGUGGCCAACACCUGUUCGUUCUUGUUGGUGCCGAACUUGCUGCACUUCCAGACGCUGAUGUCGCUUAAGGCUCCGUACUUGUUCCACGGCCGUGAGAACGACGAGGACAACUACGACCUUGCUGACGGCACCAUGGGGUGCGGGCGUCGUCCCGAUGCCCUCAAGUUUUACUUGGCGUGGCUCUACUACGGCACCCAAGGGUUGGCGCUGCGGGUCGACCACGCCUACGCCGUCGUCGACUACUUCGUCAACCUCGUCAAACAGGACAAGCGGUUCCAGUUGGUGAUCGAGGACCCCCAGUGCUUGCAAGUGUGCUUCUACUACAAGCCUCGCGAAGAUAUCCACGACUUGACCGCAGUCACUCGCUACAUCAGCCGUGAGUUACACAAGGCGGGCGAGUACCUUGUGGACUUCUCCCCCAACCCCACCAAGCUCGACCUGCCGGAGUUUUUCCGAGUGGUGUUCAACUCGCCCAUCCUCUCCAAGGAACUGGUCGACGGGCUCUACAACGCCAUCAUCAAGGCUGGCGACGAGUACACCGAGUAA